AGUGCGGUGCCUGGCCGCCAUUGUUUGAAUUUGAAAUCGAAGGCUUCGCGGUGGUGCUUGCAGGUUGGGCAGGCUAGGCUAUAUUUGCAGGUUGGAUCAUAUGAAUAAUAGUGGUCGGCUGUGUCCAGUUGAAUUUGAUUCAGAAUCUAAUGGAAUCUAAUUUAAAUCAAGAUGGGAUGCCUAGACCGUCAUAUGUUUUUAGUGCCGAUCCAGUUGCAAGGCCUUCAGAAAUCAAUUUUGACAGCAUUAAGCUUGAUCUCUCUCGUGAAUUUUCCUUAGUUGCUUCAAGCACUGAGGCAAACAGUUUGGAAUCCAAAGAUUAUCUCCAGGUUUGUCUUCGAAUAAGACCAUUCACACACUCAGAAAAAGAACAUGAGCCUGAGGGCUGUGUGAAUAUGCUGGACUCACAGACUGUUGUGCUGAAAGAUCCUCAAAGUACACUUGCUCGGUUAAGUGAGAAAAGCUCUGGGCUGAUUGUACAGAAAUUUAGUUUUUCUAAGGUUUUUGGUCCAGAAACUACACAGAAAGAAUUCUUCCAGGAUUGCAUUAUGCAGCCAGUAAAAGACUUUUUGAAAGGACAGAGUCGGCUGAUUUUUACUUAUGGGCUAACCAAUUCAGGGAAAACAUAUACAUUUCAAGGCACAGAAGAAAAUAUUGGCAUUCUGCCUCGGACUUUGAAUGUAUUAUUUGAUAGUCUUCAGGGAAGACUAUAUACAAAAAUGAAUCUUAAACCACAUAGAUCCAGAGAAUAUAUACGGUUAUCACCAGACCAAGAGAAGGAAGAAAUUGCCAGCAAAAGUGCAUUGCUUCGGCAAGUUAAAGAGGUUGUAAUGCAAAAUGACAGUUAUGAUGCUAUUUCUGGAAGUUUAACAAACUCUUUGAAUGUCUCAGAUUUUGAAGAAUCUAUGAAAGAUUGUGAACAAGCUAGCUUGAAUAUGGAUAAUAUAAAAUUUUCUCUGUGGGUUUCUUUCUUUGAGAUUUAUAAUGAAUGUAUUUAUGACUUGUUCGUUCCUAUAUCAUCCAAGUUCCAGAAGAGAAAGAUGCUACGCCUUUCCCAGGAUGUAAAGGGCUAUUCUUUUAUAAAAGAUCUACAAUGGAUUCAAGUAUCUGAUUGCAAAGAGGCAUAUAGACUUCUAAAACUAGGAAUGAAACAUCAGAGUGUUGCUUUCACAAAACUGAACAGUGCUUCUAGUAGAAGUCACAGCAUAUUCACUAUUAGAUUAUUACAGAUUGAGGAUUCUGAAACACCUCGUGUAAUCCGAGUCAGUGAAUUGUCUUUAUGUGACCUUGCUGGUUCAGAGCGAAGCAUGAAGACACAGAAUGAAGGUGAAAGGUUGAGAGAGACUGGGAACAUCAACACGUCUUUGCUGACUCUGGGAAAGUGUAUUAAUGUUUUGAAGAACAGUGAAAAGUCAAAGUUUCAACAGCAUGUGCCUUUCCGGGAAAGUAAACUGACUCACUAUUUUCAAAGUUUUUUUCAUGGUAAAGGGAAAAUAUGUAUGAUCGUGAACAUCAGCCAGUGUUGUUUUACCUAUGAUGAAACACUCAAUGUAUUGAAGUUCUCAGCCAUUGCACAAAAAGUUUGUGUUCCAGACACUUUACAUUCCUCUCAAGAGAAGUCAUUUGGACCUGUCAAAUCUUCUCAAGAUGUACCAUUAGGCCUGAAUAAUUCAGAUAAUAAAAUAUUAAAUUUAAAAAGAUCUACAAUUUCAUGGGAAAGUAGACUGGAAGAUCUGGUGGAAGAUGAAGAUUUUGUUGAGGAUCUAGAAGUAGCUGAAGAAAACCAAAAUGUUGGAACUGAACUUACUGAUGAAGAUCUAGAUGAAACAUUAGCAGAAGACAAGGCUUUCAUUAGCCGUGAGAAGAGGAAACUAUUGGAUUUAAUAGAAGACUUGAAAAAAAAACUGAUAGAUGAACGAAAAGAAAAAUUAACAUUGGAAUUUAGAAUUCGUGAAGAAGUUACACAGGAGUUCACUCAAUAUUUGGCUCAACGGGAGGCUGACUUUAAAGAAACACUCCUUCAAGAACGAGAGACAUUGGAAGAAAAUGCUGAAUGUCGUUUGGCUAUCUUUAAGGAUUUGGUUGGUAAAACUGACACUGAAGAUCCAGUAAAUCAAGAUGGUGCCAUGAAAGUUGAAACCAAAGAAGCACAUCAUUAUGUAGGAGUUGAAGAAAUUAUUGAUUCUCUGCAAGAUGAUGUCACUGAUAUUAAGAAACAGGCUGAAAUUGCUCACUUAUAUAUUGCAUCUCUUGCUGACCCCCAGGAAGCUAUUGCUUGUUUAGAAAUAAAGUUUAAUCAAGUUAAAGCUGAAUUAGCUAAAACCAAAGAAGAAUUAAUCAAAACUCAAGAAGAGUUAAAAAAUAAAGAAAAUGAAUCAGAAAUUAACUUAAAUUCAUUGGUUCAAGAGCUUGAGAAAUCUAAUGAGAAAAUAAUUAUGCAGAAUCAAAGAAUUCAAGAGUUGAAAGAUGUAAUUGAUCAAAAAGAAGAUACUAUUAACAACUUUCAGAACCUAAAGUUUCAUGUAGAAGACACAUUUAAAAGCAUUGACGAGGCUGGUACAUCUUCUUUAAUAAUAAACAAUAAGUUGGCUUGUAAUGAAACAGUUGAAAUGCCUAAGGACAAUAAAACUAAAACUUGUUUAGGAAGAAAAAGAUUAAAUGAAAAUGAACUUGAACAAGGUGACCCACCAGCAAAGAAAGGACCUGUACACGUUAGUCUAACUACCACUGAAGACCAAAAGAAAAAUGAAGAAAUGCAACAGAGCAGUUCAGAAGAUGAGCAAAACAGAGUUUUACAAGAAAAUGAUUACGAAGAGCUGAAAACACGAUUACUCAUUGUUGAGAAUGAACUUAGAAAUGAAAAGGAAGAAAAAGCAGAAUUAAGUAAACAGAUUAUUGGUUUGCAGGAGGGACUUUGUUUUUCUGAGAAAAAGAACUUUUCUUUAAGUAUAGAUGUGCAACAAAUUCAGUCAACUUAUGACCAUGCAGUUUCUGAAUUACAAGUGCAGAGAGGUAUAAAUCAAGAACAGGAGGAAAAGAUCAUGAAAUUAUCAGAGGAGAUAGAAAUUGCUAGAAGAAAUAUCACAAAUAAUGUUUCACAAAUAAAAUUAAUGCAAGCAAAAAUAGAUGAACUACGAAAUCUUGAUUCAAUUUCUCAGAUCUCACACAUAGAUUUACUCAAUCUUCGGGAUAGUGUUUCUCAAGAGGAUACUUUGCUAAAUACACAGUUACAUUCUUUGGAUAAUGAUUAUUUGGCAAGUAAGCAGGUUAAACUCAAUAGGGAAAGUUCUUUCUACUCUAGUAUUGAUGCCAUUUGGAAAGAAUGUAAGGAGAUUGUAAAGGCCUCCUCCAAAAAAAGUCAUCAGAUCCAGGAACUGGAACAACAAGCUGAAAAAUUACAAGCAGAAGUAAAAGGCUGUGGGGAUGAAAAUAAGAGACUAAAAACAGAGAAUAAAAAUCAAGAUGACCUACUAAAAGAAAAAGAAAGUCUUAUACAGCAGCUGAAAGAAGAAUUGCGAGAAAAAAAUGUUAGUCUUGAUGUUCAAGUACAGCAAGUAGUUGAAGGAAAUAGGGCACUUUUAGAAAUUACACAAGAUGCUGCUUCCUAUAAAAUGAAAAUAAAGGAGCUUGAAGCAAUCUUAGAAACUCAGAAGGUUAAAUGUGGUCAUUUAGUAAAGUUAGAACAAGAAAUUUUGGAAAAAGAAUCUAUCAUCUUGAAGCUAGAAAAAAAUCUGAAGGAAUUUGAAGCAAAUCAUCAGGAUUGUAUCAAAAAUAUCAAAGAUUUAAAUGAAAGAGAAAUCAGGUUGAAAGAAGAAAUCAUACAAUUAACAAAUGAUUUGCAAGAUGCAAAACAUUCACUUCAAUUAAAGCAAGAAGAAAAAGAAACCAGCAGGCAAGAGAACGAGAAAUUGAAAGAGGAGCUCUCUGUAAGCUCUGGUCUUAUCCAGAAUCUGAAAGCAGAUCUUCAGAGGAAGGAAGAAGAUAAUGCUGAGCUGAAAGAUAAACUGGCUGAUUCUAAAAAGCAGAUUGAUCAAGUACAGAAAGAGGUAACUCUAAUGCGUGAGGAAGAAAAAUUACUGAGGAUUAAAAUUAAUGAACUGGAGAAAAAGAAAAACCAGUGUUCUCAGGAAAUAGAUAUGAAACAGCGAACCAUUCAACAACUCAAGGAGCAGUUAAGUAAUCAGAAAGUGGAAGAAGCUAUCCAGCAGUAUGAGAGAGUGUGCAAAGAUCUAAGUGUUAAAGAAAAAAUAAUUGAAGACAUGCGAAUGACACUGGAAGAACAAGAACAAACUCAGGUAGAGCAAGAGCAAGUGCUUGAAGCCAAAUUAGAGGAAACUGAAAGACUGGCCACAGAAUUGGAAAAAUUGAAGGAAAAAUUCAAAGAUCUGGAAGCAAAAAGUAAUCAAAGGGCAAAUAGGGAAUUUGAGGAUUACACAGAUGUACUCAGUAAAAAGCUCAGGGAACUUCAAGAUGAGUUACAGGAAUCUGAGCAGAAAUAUGAAUCUGAUAGAAAGAAAUGGUUAGAUGAAAAAAUGAUGCUAAUCACUCAAGCAAAAGAAGCAGAGAAUCUACGAAACAAAGAGAUGAAAAAAUAUGCUGAAGACAGAGAGCAUGGUUUAAAGCAACAAAACGAAGUGGAAAUACUUACAGCACAGCUGGCAGAGAAAGACAGUAACCUUCAAAAAUGGCGAGAAGAACGGGAUCGUCUGGUUGCAGCUUUAGAAAUACAGCUGAAAGCACUGAUGUCCAGUAACUUACAGAAAGAUAAUGAAAUUGAACAAUUGAAAACAAGGGUUACAUCAGAGGCUUCUAAAACAGAAAAAGAAACUGUGGAUAUCAAGCCCAGACCUAUGAGUUCAAUAGAUUUUGAUGGAGUUAAAACUGAACCUCAAUCAACAAGUGUUGAAAUUUCCAGCAGUGAGGUAGAGGAUGAAUGUAUAGUCCUUGACUCUUGUGAAGUGUCAACGGAAAAUAAUCAAAGUACUCGGUUUCCAAAACCAGAGUUAGAGAUUCAAUUUACACCUUUAUGUCCAAACAAAAUGGCAGUGAAACACCCUGGUUGUACCUUACCAGUCAUGGUUAAGAUUUCCAAGUCUCGGAAGAGGAAGAGUAAUGAAAUGGAGGAGAGUACUAUAUUUUCAAGUCUGUGGAAGAGAAAUAGUAUUAACUAUACUCCUGAGGCUCUCUGUCAGGACUUGGUGAAAUGUGAAAAUAAGAAGAAUAUUGCAAGCAGAACAAAUUUGAAGUCCCCUGUUUUGGAGCAUAUGAAUUCUCCCAAAAAAGAACAAAAGGCUUCUACACGAUCAUCAUCUCAGAAAACAUAUUCUUUACGGAGUCAGGCAUCUGCAAUCAAUGUAAACUUGACCACUAAGAAAAAAGAAGGAACACUGCAGAAAUUUGGAGACUUCUUACAACGUUCUCCUACAAUUCUUCAAUCAAAAGCAAAGAAGAUAAUUGAAACAGUGAGCUCUUCAAAGCUCUCAAAUGUAGAAGUAAGUAAAGAAAAUGUAUCUCAACCGAAACGGGUCAAACGGAAGUUAUACACAAAUGAAAUUUCAUCUCCUAUUGAUAUAUCUGGCCAGGUGAUUUUGAUGGACCAUAAGGUGAAGGAAAGUGAUCAUCAAAUUCUCAAACGACGACUUCGAGCUAAAAUGGCCAAAUAAUUCAUUUUGGAGAGUGUUUUAAUGUAAAUUUUAUAUUCCUAAUCAUUGUAACUUGCAUCCCGAUUUUAAAGAUACUUGUAUAUAUUAUGGUAUGCCAUCCCUUUGUAUAUACAAUGCUAUUUUAUACAUAGUGUACUUUUAAUUCAAUAAAGAAGAUAAGUCAACAAUAAA